GGGCAACGAAAUGCAGUUUGCAUACCUCCGCUCCUUAAACGAGGAAGAAAAGAAACUAGUCUUUCCUGCUUUUUCGGCCCUUGCAGGGGAAAAAAAAGAAAGAAACUCUGGCUAAUACAGGAGACAAGAUUGAUCAGGUUUUUCAAUGAAACCAGUUAAGCAUGAUUUAUCUUUUGUCACUGAAUGCAUGGAUGAUCUGUUAGUUAGUCACUUUAUGAAUGCAGACAGGCGUCUGAGGUUUCCAUGGACAUGUUUAUAUUUAUAGUACGUGUCCUUUGAGAAGCAGCCAAGCCACUAUGAGCACUGCUUACUGAUUUAAAAGAACCGAUAAGAUGUUUUCAAACACCAGAUUUCAACUUCAACAGCUUAUCCGGGCCAACCAGCUAGAUCCAGACUGGUCUGAGCACAGAGGUAAAAUACAGCUAACAAGCUUAGAAUGACUGUGACUGUCUUUGACGUUCUACUUAAACUGAUUAAUCUCGUUAUUGAUUAAUCAGUGGAUUAAUUGAUUGUUUGUCUGCAGUUCAAAAUCAAAAACCUAUUGUUAGACCAAGAGGUGUCAAUUAUGAACUUUAAUGUUCCUGGGAGGAUCAAAGGUAGGAAGAUCUGAACCACUUCAAUAUUGUAAAGUGGCUCCACAUGUUGAGGAACUCAAGAUUUUAGCUUUAUUAGGAUACAAGUGGGAGAAAAGCAGUAAAUAAUCACAGUUUAAGUUUACAAAGGGAAGAAGUCUGGCAUUUUUAAUGGAAAAAAUUAUUAUUAAUAAUUAAUUUUACUGUAAAAUAGCUCAGUAUUGUUAUUUUCUGACCAUUCAUUAGAUUAAAUACGAAUAUGAGUGAGAAAUGACACGAAAGGUUCCACUGUGGGAUUCAUUUUUAUGGAUUUCACACCAAUCUAAAGGAAUGGAUGCAGCUCCCAUUGUUCCUUUGCUGUCCCAGAUCUUUUUACUGAAAUAAACUUCUUCCGAUUUGCAACAUCAUGGGCAGGAAGAAGACAUGGAAAAGAAGUAACUCUUCAAAAAAAACCUCUGGGCUGUUUAAUCCGUCUCUACCUUUAAUGGGUCGGUUCAUGUCAGGGCAAUGAAAGAUUUAAACGGGAAGCUUUCGUUUUCAGUUUUUAUACCCGGUUUGCAGCAGGGAGGAUAUCUCUGGCGCCCCUACCGUCUCCUUAGAGCGCAUGCGGCUCCACACAGAGUGAAAUCACGAUGAUCACACGUCCUCUCGCACAGCUCCCACAGACACAUAACUGAACGUUUACAAGUCAUUUCCUACGGGGACUGUCCAGCCCCUGUUUCUCGGUUUCAGUAAGGAACCGGUCGGUACAGCUUGACUCGCUGACGGCUCCGGCCCUCUUCCAGGCCGGUGUUUUGAUUGGAUUAGAGUCGGUUAGCCUUUGCCCUCUAACCUCGCUGAUGUUGGCUUGCUGCUUCCUGCUCACUCCGCUCCGCCUGAUCGACUGACGAAGCCUGCCGAAGCCGCUCGGCGAAGCGCCCUGCACGGACACAGCAGACCGGGACAAGCCGCCGCUCACAGCCGAGAGGAGAGCCGAGCAGGGGGACCCGCGAAGCGCACACACGGGCGGGCGGACGCAAAAACCAGGCAGCCAUGCGGAGGAAAUCAAGGAUAUUGUUGUGCUUUGCCGUGCUGUGGGUGCUGGGCAUAGCCUACUACUUCUACUCGGGGACAGCGUUGGGUGGAAAGGAUGAAUGGAAGUCCAGGGACUUGACCGGUAGGAUCAAAGGUCACAACUCCGACGACAAAGCCCACGGCCCAGAGACACUGCCACCAGACAUGGGAAUGGGGCUUCAGAGCUCUGGUAAGGUGCGCUGGCAGGAUUUUGACCAGGAUUUGUAUGUUGGAGCCACGGUGGUCCGGCCAGGUCAAGACCCCUACGCCAGAAACAAGUUCAACCAGGUGGAAAGCGAUAAACUCCGAAUGGACAGAGCUGUACCCGACACGAGACAUGAUCAUUGCAGACAUAAGCAGUGGAAGUCAGACCUGCCGGCCUCGAGCGUUGUCAUCACCUUCCACAACGAGGCUCGCUCUGCUCUGCUGCGGACUGUGGUCAGUGUCCUGAAGAAAAGUCCACCUCACUUGGUCAAAGAGAUCAUUCUGGUUGAUGACUACAGUGAUAAUCCUGAGGAUGGAGCGCUGCUGGGGAAGAUUGAGAAAGUACGCGUGUUGAGAAAUGACCGCAGAGAAGGCUUGAUGCGAUCAAGAGUUCGUGGUGCAGAUGCUGCCACAGCACCAGUCCUCACCUUCCUGGACUCUCACUGUGAAUGUAAUGACCACUGGCUAGAGCCGCUGCUUGAAAGAGUGGCUGAGGAUAAGACACGAGUAGUUUCUCCCAUCAUUGAUGUCAUCAACAUGGACAACUUUCAAUAUGUCGGCGCCUCUGCCGAUCUGAAAGGAGGCUUUGACUGGAAUUUGGUGUUUAAAUGGGACUACAUGACUCAGGAGCAGAGACGAGCCAGACAAGGCAACCCGAUCGCUCCUAUAAAGACACCAAUGAUAGCAGGUGGCCUGUUUGUCAUGGAUAAAGAGUACUUUGAGCAGCUCGGAAAGUAUGACAUGAUGAUGGAUGUAUGGGGAGGGGAAAAUCUCGAGAUCUCAUUUCGUGUGUGGCAGUGUGGCGGCAGUCUGGAGAUCAUCCCCUGCAGCAGAGUUGGCCACGUCUUCAGAAAGCAGCAUCCUUAUACCUUCCCGGGUGGCAGUGGCACUGUGUUUGCAAGGAACACAAGGAGAGCAGCAGAGGUGUGGAUGGACGAGUAUAAAAACUUCUACUAUGCUGCUGUCCCCUCAGCAAGAAAUGUCCCCUAUGGGAAUAUCCAGAGUCGUUUGGAGAUGAAGAAGAGAUUAAACUGUAAGCCAUUCAAAUGGUACCUGGAGAAUGUCUACCCUGAGCUGAGGGUCCCAGAUCACCAGGACAUUGCUUUCGGAGCCCUGCAGCAGGGAGGAAACUGCCUGGACACCCUGGGUCACUUUGCUGAUGGCGUGGUCGGCGUCUAUGAAUGUCACAAUGCGGGGGGAAACCAGGUAGCGUUACAACGAGGGGACACCCAGGAAUGGGCCCUAACCAAGGAUAAAUCGGUAAAACAUAUGGACCUGUGUCUGACUGUGGUGGACAGAACAGCUGGUUCCCUCAUCAAACUACAAGGCUGUAGAGAGAAUGACAGCAGACAGAAAUGGGAGCAGAUCGAGUCCAACUCGAAGCUUCGUCACGUGGGCAGUAACCUCUGCCUGGACAGCCGCAGCGCCAGGAUGGGCGGACUCACUGUGGAGGUCUGCAGCCCAAGCCUCACUCAGCAGUGGAAGUUCACUCUCAAUUUACAAUCGUAGGGGGCGCUCCACAUCCCCGGAAGACUUGGCAUAGCGAAGAGAAACACCUACAGACUCCUGAGAUGCGGCUAAAAAGAUGAAUAGACUCAAGAAGAAAGACAAACUCUUGCUCCUUCUCCUCCUUCCUCCUCCACAGAGGUACAGCCAGUCACGUGCGCACCCUUCUCUCACCCAUCUCCCUAAACGAUGAGCCACGCGUAUUGAAGGGAGGGGCCGGGAGACCAAAAUGGAGUUAACAGGAACCUGACUGCAUGUGGUGGAUGGAUGGUGGCGAUCACGAGGAUAAAGGAGACGAAGAGGCUUUUGUUUCAAAAAUACAUACCUCAGUGUUUUCUCAUUGAUGGUUCCAGCUGCAAACGGCGAAAUUGUUCUUCUCCUUUCUUUAAUGCUGGUGGAAAGAGAACUUUUCGGUGUACUUAUUUUAUUUUCUUAUUCAUGUUUUUUAUUUCUGGCUGUUAACUGUCCACAGAGACUUGCUUUUUUUUUUUCUUCUUCUUCUUCUUGGAAGCAUCCUGUAAUGGCAGAUGGAGGCUUCAGGUUGUGGUUUCGGGGAGGUGUGGGUUGUUGAGUGAUGUGAAGGGAGGAAAUGGACUCGAGACCUUGAGCUUUUCCUCUCGUUUAUUCUCACUGGUUUACAGAGUCAACCGAGAGAAAAGGGGCAAAGAAUGCAGGUUUUCUACAGACUCUUUCUUGGUGGAGGUGAAGACAAUCUGGGAGGGUUUUUGCUGCUUUGCAUGGGGUUUUUUCCCCCCUCAGAAGUGUUGUGAAGCCCUCCCUGAAGAUUUUACUGUCUUUGGGCUGUAGUACUGGCUGCUGCAGCAUCCAAUACUUCCACACAGAAAAUACCCAGAGAAUAAGUCAUCAGUCUCUCUUUUUUUUUCCUUUUUCUUUUCUUUUGGUUUACUUUCUAAUCAAAAAAUGGAACCAACUUUUAAAAGGAUGUUUUGAGUUUCAGAAAGACCAGUGAAGUGAUUAAAAUGGUUUUCUUUACAUACUCUCGCUGCUCUGUGCCUGCUCCCCGUGGAGCGGCUCAGUUUUAAUCUUUUUUGUUUUGUUUAUUUUUUUCCUGCACAGCUGAUUUCCUUUGCCUGUGUCUAUAUGUUGCCAUUGUGGAACGUUUACUGUCUAACAAUCACAUCUAAACUGGAUUCAUGUUGCAGCUUGUUCUCCAGAGCCAACAGGUGUUGCCUGCUAAUGUGGCAUUUCUAAUAACACCGUAAUGAGAUUACCAGUAAUGUAGAGUUCGCAUAGACGUGACUGAGAUGAUCGCUUCUCCUCUUCCAGCACUUUUACAAAGUUAAAGAAGAAAACUACACUUAGACCUUGUAGGAGGAACAAUGCAACCCUGCAGCAUUUGGGAUUUUUAAAUUCAUCGAGGUGUCAGACGUCCGUCUCUCUAUUGACAACGGCAAACUGUGCUUAUUCCAGCCUGAGAGCAGAUUUCAUGCAAAAAGAAAAGUCUCGACAAGUAGUGAAGCAACUUCUGACUGCAUGUAUCGCCAACAUGUUUCCAGCGUUGCACUGAGUCACAGUGAUUUACAUCAACAUAUUUUUUUUUUCCUCUAACUUUCCUGUUAGAUGAGCCAUCUGUUCUGAAGUUUGGAACUGCAGUAAACAAGGUUUUACUGUUUGUCUUCACUCUGUUUCUGCAAGAGGAGAGCAGAUUUUUCUGAUUGCACAAGCAGGACUGCUCAGCUUUCGCUGAUGCAAAGUAGAAAUAAGAAUACUCUUUCUUUCUUUUUUUUCUGCCACACUACUUUAUGCAGAUCAACAAUAUCUUGGCGUCAUGAAACGGUGCAGUUUUUGUUACCAGGUGGUGUUACUGAUACAAUUUGCAGUACUUUUAUCUGUUUCCGAGUCCAUUAACUCUUGCCUUUUAAAUAGUUUUUGUUAUGUUUUAUUUUUUGUUUCUAGUCUCCUUUAGGCUUUCACAUCACUUCCUCAUCUUCACUGCUAUGAUCUCCUGUGCUGUUAGUCACUGAUGAGUAAUGACAGUGGAGUUUGGGAAAAUUGUGCUUGAUUAAAUUUAGUGUGACUCAUCACUUGGCGACCUCAAGGCAACUACAGGAACACAAAAUAUUUCUGAACAGAUGUACAGUUUGGGUCCAGGAAAGCUGAAAUCUCAAGUCAUCUUUAAAGUCGCGCGCUCUCUGCUUUUCUCAGUCCUUCUCGCUCUCGUGCACACUCGCAUCCGAAACUCCUUUGGUUUUAUUUUAUUGAGCUGCCAACUGACAAAGACAGCUGGUCUCAGUUGCUUUGCUGUCUGAUACUUUUUUUUUUCUGUGUACCUGUUUGCCUUGUCUUAUAUGUUCAUUUAUAAGUGGGGUGAGUGGAGCUGAGAAGGAAGGUCAGCUGAAGCUGCAGCUGGUUUAAAAAGCCUAUCCUGUGACUUGAUAGGUUGCUGCAUUGUGCUGCAGGGAAGGGGACCCACAACAUGGCUCGAGGCCAGAGAGAAACUCGGGCAAGGCCCUGCUUAGAAAAAUUUGGUGUUGCCUCUGAUGCAAAAUCCAAAGGCCCAAAUCUGAUUUCAUGAUGAUGUGUUACUUUAAACAUGGAAACGUCUGCCAUUUGGUUUGGAAAACGCAAAACAAAAUGAAACACUUUCAGUGUCUUAAGUAACCAUGGUUGCGAUACAGGAGAAGCAUUCAGUGAAAUUUAGGUUUGAACAUCAGUUUUUUCCACAGUUUUCCAUUUCAGUGUGUGCUGUGAAAUCAGAAGCUUCAGUGGAGAUUUUAAAGGCAGGUUACAAGAGAAAAAAUCUUAUUAAAAGUAGAAAAAUAUGAAAAUGUUUAAUUUAGAUGUAUUCCUGAAAGGGCACCAUUGAAGUUUUUUUUUUUUUUUCCCCUUUUUAGCUGAUUCUCAAAGGGUGUAAAUGGGAAGAUCUGUCAUACGAUACAUGUGAACUCUGUCUUGGUUUAGAUGUCAUUUUAGUAGUUAAUUCAUUUAGUUUUUCAUUGCCUUAUCGUCUAGAUUAUUGCAUAAAUUGUGCAACCUCUUGAGUAGUGGUGAUAUCUCACUCAGCAUAGAAUAAGUGAGGGUUUCCAACAUGCUGAGGUUUUAUUUAGUGGUUUUUAGCGCCCUCUAUUGCCACACAUGAUCAGCUGCGAAUCAAAAACAGGAGAGGGACUUGAGGUAGUUUCAAUCUUUGCUUUAUAAGAUCUCCAUGUGUGCUUGCUACUCCACAGAAGCCGACUGUGCACACCUGAGUGACCACGUCAGUCCUGUCUGCAACAGUUCCGGUGUUGUCUGAAGCCUUUUCUUUUUAAAGCUAGUCUUAUACUUGUCAUAAGGUUUGCUAUUUUAUUUCUUAAUCUUUUUAUGUUACACACAGAAGAAAUGACUGUAACACUUAAGUCCAGCGCCUCAUUUCGAAUGGAUGGUUAAAUGUUUACAUCUUUUGCACAACGUGCCAAAGUUCUUUCCCGAAUUUUCUGUAUGACGAAGGAUAAGAAGGGGUGAAAGUCUUUGGAAAACCGGAAUGAGUCUCGGAGGACUUGUUCUGUGACAGGUUGCUUGCAGUAUGAUGAGUAUCUUCCCUCCAGUCUCAACUUGUAGAAGCCACUGUGGGCAGGACUGCUGUUAUCUGCUGGUCUUGUGUCAGUUUUAUGAUAGAGAGGGGAUUAAAAAAUUGUAGUUUCCAUGUCUUAAAAACUUUAAAAUAUUCUUUAAAAUAUCCGUUAGAGGAGUAACAACUCUGAAACAGAGCUCAACGAAAGCCACACUCAUCCCCAGUAUCAUAUCAUGGUUCCAUCUUCUCAUAGCACGAUUACCAGUUUGGAGCCAUUUAAUCAAAAGUUAAAGCACGCUAGACUGCAUCACAAUAAUGGAGAGCAUUUUUUUGGGUUGUGAUCCAAUUAUGACCAAGUGAUCUUGUGCGUAGUAAAAAAUAAUUUUAGGUAUUCACCAAAACGAUGACGCACAAACCAAAAAAUGCCUAUUGAGGUAAAUUUACAAUGGAAAACAUCAAGUACGAAGAAUAUUAUUGACAAUCCUGCAGAUGGUCGUCUUCUUAAAAGUCAGCAUGAGUCAGUAAAUAAGAGCAUCCUACCCACUGAGCCACUAGAACAUUAUUUAUUUCACUGUGGAGGGAAACGAGGUUAUUUGCUAGAGUUAAACAAGAAAAGGAGGCUUGAAGCGAAAUCUUUGUGCUCGUUCAGCUUUUCCUUUAAACGGAGAAAAGUUCAGUCACGACUUGUCAAAAACCUGGGACGUUUUCCCCCUAUCGGCCCACCUCAAAUCCCCUCAUAGGAUUAACAGAAGAAGGGCCCUCUCUCUAAUAAGUGAAAAGCCCUGCUGAGACAUCCAGCUCAGGACUGCUUAAGCUUCUCCGUCUUCUGCUACGAGUGGCUGUGCCAAUGUAAAUGAGUCAGGGCACAAGAGGGGCAGAUCAUGCACAGCAGACAAUACACUGUAAAAGUCUCAUCAACUGGUAAUGACAGAUAAUAACAGUAAUCAAUAUGGGUGGGAUAUGGGGUGGGGUGUGAGCUGGUGGGUUAAUGUGUUUCCUGAGAGGCAUGUGGCUCUGUUGAAUGGCUGGUAUUCACAUUACGAGGUGGCUGAUGCAACCCGAGGGUUCACACAUGUAAAAGUGUAUAUUUUUGUAUAUACCUACAUCAGUGUGUGUACAGUAUGUACAUAUAUACACAGUGUA